CAAGAAGGGCUGGCUGCCCAGUUCAGCCACAUGAGUGUGGUGCGCCAGGCGUCCAGCGACGGCACUAACGGCGGCCCCCACCCUGCCAUGUACCCUUCGGGCCCUGUGGUGCUCCAGGCCCCCCUGCAGCACCAGCAGACUGGCUACAUGGUGGCCCCUCCAGGGCCCCCUGUGGUGGGACAAACCCAGGCCUACCCCGGCCCUGCACACCCUAUGAGCCAGCCGGUCAUGCAGCAACAGGGCUACAUGCCACAGCAGAUCCACACAUGUUACUGUGCUCCAGCCCAGGACCCCCACUCCCACUCCAACCAGCACUAUCGCCCUGUCAGCCCCGUGCACUACACCAGCCCCCAGAACCAACCUCUACCCCAGCAGCCAGGUUACCAUGCUGUGAUGCCAAAUCAGCCCCAGGGCCCUCAGCAUCAGAACCUGGUGAACAACCAGCAGCACAGCAAUAUGGGAAAUCACAUGACGGCCUUCAUGGUCCACUACCCUUCAAUGUCGUCUUAUCAGGUAUCAAUGCCCCAGGGGUCUCAGAACAUGCCUCCACAUCAGCAGGCAUGUCAACAGCCAAUGAUGAUCCAGAGCCAUCCAAGCCAAGGUCCCAUGGCCAUGUCAGGCAUGCAGGUUUACUACAGUGUCAUGCCACCAAAUCAACACAGCACCAUGAGUCCAUCGAUGGGUUUCUUACCUCCUCCUGGAGCAGAGCAGAUGCAGUUUCCCCGGGCUUCGUCUCCGUGUGGGACCCAGCAUCUACCAGGACAGCAGUGCACAGGUGUGCACCCCGGUCCUCACAGUGGUGGUAUGGUGAUGAUGCAGCUGACCCUGCCCCCUAACCACCAGCCCAGAGCCCACUCCCCUUCACAGUGGAAACACAACAGAUUCUACAGUCUGGAUCACACACGCAGCCAGAGGUCCUCAGAACAACUAAACAACACACAGAACAGUCCCCAGCUGGGCGGCGCCAGCACGCCUCCAGCCCAGCCCCAAGCCCCAACCCACCAACUGACCUCCAUAAAGAACCUCCACUCGGCCGGCCCCACCCCCAUCCCCAUAAUCACCCAGUUCCCCAGACCCUUCGGCCCAGGGCAGGCAGUGGACGGCAGAUACCCAUUACUGGGCCAACCCCUCCAGUACAACCCUGCCAUCAGGCCUCCGCUGAUCCACGGCACACACCACAUGAUCCCCAACCACCACCACGGCCCAAUGGGAAUCCGGAAUCAUGGGGGGCGAGGGAGGAGACCACCGCCUAGGAAGUCAUUAUCAUCAGAUCUUAGUGUAGGUGACCCAGUGAACAGUGGAGUCCUGGAGGUGCUGGAGCUACCAGAGGGCAUCAGCCGUACGGAGGCAGACUCUCUCCUGGGGGAACUAUACAGAGGAGGGGCCAUGAUCAAGUGGUUGUCUGAGACCCAACAGCAGAACCAGUCUGGUGAAACCCUGCUGAAGCACUGUGGGGCUGGGGGGAACGGUAACAACGGUGACACAAACACUGACACUACUUCCUGUUCCAAACCCCCCAGUAGUAACCAUAACGACCUGGCGUCCACCUACACCAUCCUGGCUGUGUUUCCCUCCAGGUACGCAGCUCAGAACGCCUUGCUUAGACACAGUGGCCCUGCCGGCCCUGGGCCCCUCCUUACCACCACGUUCAAACUGAGAACUAGCAAGAGACACUCUGAGUUUCACAACCUGGAGAGGACCAGCUCUCAAUAGCAGGGUGGGGUUCUGUAGCCAGCCAACCAGGAGAGGACCACCUCUCAAUAGCAGGGUGGGGUGCUGUAGCCAGUCAACCAGGAGAGGACCAGCUCUCAAUAGCAGGGUGGGGUGCUGUAGCCAGUCAACCAGGAGAGGACCAGCUCUCAAUAGCAGGGUGGGGUGCUGUAGCCAGCCAACCAGGAGAGGACCACCUCUCAAUAGCAGGGUGGGGUGCUGUAGCCAGCCAACCUGGAGAGGACUUGCUCUCAAUAGCAGGGUGGGGUGAUAUGUUACUAGGGCCCCUGAGAGGUUGUUCUAGGGUCUCCCACGGGGUGCUAUGGGGGGCUGCCUGUCACGGGCCCUCGCCAUGGCCUCUCCACCUCCACUGCUGCCAUUGGCCAACCAACCAGACACCCCUCUUCUGCAAGCAUCACUCACUAGUCUCCACUUCCCACCGGACUGACAGACAGACUGAUGGAGUAUCACUCGGUUGGCAUUAUCUAACAGCUUUUUCACUUGAGUUGUAGAGGCUUUCUGGGAAUGCCUUUAGAACCUUCUCUACUUUUUGAGAUGCAAAUGUGUAAAAAGGAUCUGACAACACACCAAUGUUGAAACACAAAGACACAGACAGAAAAACAAGCUUGAAGUUCCAAAAGUGUCAUAUUUUAUUUGCAGACAGAACAUGGUAAAGGAGCAGCAUGUUUUAGUUUAUUUUAUUUUGUUUUAUGUUUGUUAAAAGCUGCAGUCAGAACACCCAAAGCAGGGUUGUACUCAUUCAUUACAAGAGGAUAAUAUACCAAGUGUCUCUCAUUGGACAAGAGUGUCUCUCUUUGGGCCGGAUUCUGAUUUGAGAUCUGCAACGGAUAACUCCAGAUUUCAGUUUAAAGUGUCCCAUUGACGUAAAAGCUUGAUUUACACGAAAGCCUGAUUGUGCUGGUGUAUAAUAUCAAGUUAGGAUUCGGCCUGUAGAGUCAGUCCUGUUAGUCAGUUGGUGUGCUACUAAAACAGCAGAUUAGAGUCUUCUAGAACAAGGUUGUGUCCCAAAUGGCACCCUAUUUCCCUAUAUAGUGCACUACUUAGGUCUCAUAGGACUGUGGUUUUAUGAGCCCUAUGGGACCUGGUCUAAAGUAGUGCACUAUCUAGAGAAUAGGGUUCUGUUUGGGACAUAACCCAACAGAAUGUUCUUUUUGUGCCUUCUAACUGGACUCUGGUGCCCCUGUCCAUCCCUCUCCCAAACACCCCUAAAGACAAGACACGCCAUCCAAUUCCAUUUGUAUAAACUCUGACCCACCAAUUUCAUUCACAAUAAAUCAUCACUGAUAUGGUAGCUAAAUUAUUCUCACUUUUCUACACAGUAAAUGGUAUCUUUGCACUGGCACAAAGGAGAAGUGUUUGUUCUGAUAGUGGUUUAUCGUUUUGAAGGUAAAAGAUGAGAACCUUGGUGCAUCUGAUUGAUGGUUUAUUCUAUUUGAGCUUUUCUAAAAUGAACCUCCUCCAACCCUCUCUGUUCAGUCCACCCAUUCCCUGGUUACGUAUCAAAUGGCACCCUAUUCCCUAUGGACCCUGGUCAAAAGUAGUGCACUAUAUAGGGUGGCCAGGCCAAAUUCCUUUCAUGUUUAGUUCGUUUUACCAUUUGUAUCCUAUCAGAAGGGUCACUGGAAAAGUGUGCAUUAUUCACAACACACCCCCAACCCCAUCAUACCCAAACAAAUGUCUAUUUAAGAUGGUUGUUGAUGGUGGAUUCAGGAGAGAUUUAAGAUUGUUGUUGAUGGUGGAUUCAGGAGAGAUGUACAGUCUGCUGGUGCAAGAUGUUUUUAUUUCUGUUUGAAAACAAUAAAUGUUUACACCAAAA